CAAGAAUAUGGUGAUCCUGAAAUUAUUGCUUUACGCGGUUCUCCGAAACCAUUGUUACCAAUUUCUGGAAAGCCCGCUAUUAAUUGGUGGUACGAUGGUUUGAAAUGUCAAAUUGAGGGUGAUGUUUUCAUUGUGACCAAUGCUCAUAA